AUCGGUCAUUCAAACACCACAACUUAAAUCGUCAACGCUCAAAUCCUUUGUUAUUUAAUCUUCCAAAGAAGUAUGAUUGAUGCUCUAGCCUCAUUUGUGAUUGAGAGGCUUGGAGGAUUCUUCAUCUUUUUUUAGAUCUCUCACCUCCAUUGAAGGCUUCAAGUGUUGUUUGACUUCAAAAGGUGUGCUUCCUGUACCUCAGCCAAUUUCCAGAAGAUCAUGAAAUCAAAGCGAAGAAAAUAAUUCGACUGUGGGUGGCUGAAGGUCUCGUCUCACAAAAGGAAGAAACAAUGGAAGAUCAGGCUGAGGAAAACUUGAAUAAGUUGAUUAACAGAAGUCUGAUUCAAAUAGGUCAAGCAAGUCGAGGGAGGAUAAAAACAUGUCGAGUCCAUGAUCUUUUACGGGAUCUAGCAAUUCGGAAGGCAGAAGAGCUCAAGUUUGUAUGCAUUAACGAUGAAGCCAAAUUUUCAACACAAUCCUCAAAAUCAUUUCGGCGACAAGCUUUUAAUCUUGGGAUAAAGACGGACAUUGUGCUUCAAAAUUGUAAUCCACUCUGUCGUUCUCUUUUGUUGUUCAAUCAUCUCUCUUUACGGGUUCCCACUCUUUUCGAAGCCUUAGUUUUAAAUGUUUGCAGAAUGUUGAGAGUAGUAAAAGUGCUCGAUAUUGAGAAUUGCAUAAAUCAAGAAUCAGAGAGUUUACCUGAAGAGAUAGGAAAGUUGAUUCACUUGAAGUAUUUGGGAUUAGGAAAUGCAUCUGUUAUUCGUCUUCCACCUUCCAUCGGCAAGUUGUCAAGCCUACAAACUCUGGACUUACAAUCAAAUCCUGGUUCUGCUACCAAUUUUCAACUACCCACUGACAUAGGUAAGCUGACAGAGUUAGAGUUGACAUAGGUAACCACAUAGCAAAACAACAAAUCUUGAAUUUGUUGUGUUGUUCAUGUGUUGUGAAGUGGGUGAAUAAAUCAGCCAACAGCUUAGGUGUUUGAGACUGAGAAUAAAACUCCAAAUUCACAAAUCCAGAAAGAUUAUGAAAUUACAAGAUGAAGUGGAACUCUACAUAACUAACUACUUUCAUUUGUUCUUGUAAUUUGAGAA